AUGUCCAAGGUCAACAAGCCACCACUUUCAAUCUCAAAGUUGGCUUACUUGAGCAAGAACUACCCACAAGCCAAGCAAGGUGCUACCAUUGUCAACGUUGGCCCUGUCACCGAUGACAACCGUAUGCUUGAAAUUCCUAAGCUCUCAAUCGCAGCUCUCAGAUUCACUAAGACUGCGCGCGCUCGUAUUGAAGCUGCUGGUGGUGAAUGCCUCACUCUCGACCAACUCGCCCUUAGAGCUCCAACUGGCUCAAACGUUAUCCUCCUCCGUGGUAAGAAGACGGCUAGAGAGGCUAACCGCCACUUCGGCUUCGGUCCUCACAAGCACAAGAAGCCAUACACCAUCUCCAAGGGUAAGAAGGAAGAAAUCGCCCGUGGUCGUCGUAAGUCUCGUGCUUUCAAGGUUUAA